UAGAAAAUUAAACGAUUGACGUUUUGGACACGGAUAGUGUGUGAUUGUUGAAAAAACAGUAAUUCCGCUUUAUUUGUUGUUAAAUACUUUACAUAAACAUUAAAACAUGACUUCUCUUUUAUUACUUAAGUCUAUGCUCUUUGCAAAUGCUCUUCAAAAGACUGGUAAAAAGAAGAAGAAGAACAAAAUCAAGAAAGUUCGUAAAGUAAAGAUCCUACGCUUAAAUAUGUGCAGAAUAUGCAAUAACGAAAAAGGAGACAUACCAAUAUUCAAUAAUUUUGUACAACCCAAUAUUCCUGAAGAAAUACACAACUUUUCUGGUAUUACAUUAAAUAAUUCAGACAACCUAUCAAAACAUAUGUGCCAGAGCUGCUUAGACUUGUUAAAUGGCUGUAUUAUGUUCAGAGACAUGUGUCAAAGGAAUAACAAACUGCUCAAUGAUGUUGGAGUAUCUAUAAAAAAAGAACAAAAUCAAGAGUGCCAGAAUGAAGAUAAAGUGACCAGUGAUGCUAAAGCAGAUAGUGAGGACUCCUAUAACAUUCCAUCACCCACAUUCUCUGAUGAUAAUGAACUGUUCCCUAUGUGGGGAUGCUCCACAUGUGGAGAGGAGUUCCAUGCCAUGAGUACAUACACCAAACAUAUAGCAAAGUGCAAUGCACAAUCAACAGAAGUGCCAACAAAAGCUCCAGAGGAAAAGAGGAAAUUCCUUUGUGAUAUCUGUGGUAAGACUGCUUACUCCAAUGCCAGCCUCCUUGUUCAUAUGGCCAUCCACGAAAAUGUGUUCCCAUACAAAUGUGACGUUUGUCCAUAUCAAGGCAGAACAAUGGAUCUGCUAAAAGUGCACAAGAGAUCUCACUUAGCGGACAAACCAUACAAAUGUACACAAUGUCCUAAGUCAACAACAACAUCCAGUAACCUUGCUAAACACAUGCGACAUGUUCAUAGCACUACAAGACCAUUUAAGUGUACAUACUGUGACAAGGCAUUCUCAUACCAACAUGAUAUGAAAAGGCACGUAAAAGACAUACACUUAAGACAAGGAACAGUUGAAUGUGAUAUCUGCUAUAAGAAAUUCAAUACAAGAAAAAUAUUACAAGGCCACAGAUGGAAAAUUCACAAAAUUAAAGGCGAAAGGCAAGGCCGACUACCUUCGUACUUACAGUGCCAAAUGGAAGAACCUAAUAACGAGAACAAUGUUAAUGAAAACAUAAACAAUUGUGUUCCCAACUACUAAUGUACGAUUGCCUAUUCUGUAGAUUCAGUAUCCAGUCUAUAGACAAGUAUGAGUAAGAGUUAAAAUCUCUUUUUUCAGUCUUGAGUGUAGCCUGUAGUACACAGAAAUCUAAAACUUGUUUAAUGUCAUAGCCUGAUAUGUUUUUAGACUCAAAACAACAUUUAACGCGAAAGGGUAAUAUAAUUUGAAGUACUUAUAAGUACAUCUUGGAUAUAACUUGAUUACUGUGUUCAAUUGAAUAGCUGUAAUAUAAUAAGCGACGCCCAUUUUUGUAACAGCCACUAUUAAUAUAAAUUAUUUAAUAAGCCUUUCUUCAUAUUACACAAAAUUAUACUGUAAAAAUAAACAAAAGAAAUCGUUGUAUGCAUUUAGGGCAAUAAAUGCUUUACAGAUCUCUACAUAAAUAUGUUUUUGCGAUUGUCAGCUGUGGAAUAGAAAUUAGAUGAAACAAAGGCUAUGUAGACUUUGCAGAAAAAUACUCUACUAAAAGCAGGUUAGAUGAAAAUCUGUAUUUUUGCACUCAUGCAGACAAUUAACAUUUAGAUAUCGAACUCAAAAUCGUGUGAGACUAGCUAGAGCAACAUUUUCUUUAAUAUAUAAAACUUUAUUUUAUAAUAGCUUGUAAUACUUAAUUUAUCGAUUGGAAGUAUUAUUUUACAGUCAAAUAAUGUUAUAAGCAUAGACGAUUUUAUAUAUUUGAACUCUUUUUCAUUAAAGUUAAAGAUUAUAUUAUUUAUACAUAUAGUGAGUGAGUAUAUAUAGCAUAAGAUUGCAGAAUGUAGAAACAUAAGCUGGUUACUGUUAAUCAUUAUUAUUUACGAUAUACUUUAUGUAUCUUCUUUUUACAAAUACAUAAUAAUGAUCGCAA